UAGAAAUCUAGAUCUAAUCUAGAUCUAACUAAAUAGAAUUAGACGAGAUCUAGUCUAGAUUUAGAAUUUAGAUAUACUCUGGUCUACUCUGAUGAAGAUUGCUAGAUCUAGAAAAUCUAGUAGAAUCUAGAUCUCAUCCUAUGUCCUCUAUACUAAUACUAGAUCUAUAGUCUACUAGUACUAGUAGACUAGACUGACUAGAGUAGAUAGUAGUUAAGUAUAGUAUUAGUUAGUAGUAGACUAGAUGAGAUCUUGAUUUAGUUAUAAAUUCUAGUAAAUGAGUAGACUGGUCUAGAGAGAAACAAGUAGAAAUUUAGAUCAAGAACAAUUUCAGAUCUAGUAGAAAGAUUAUCAGUGGUCUGACAGUGUCAGUGAAACUUGUAAAAAGUGUCCAUAGGCAUUAGUCAAUGAUAAGUCUGUUAAGUCAAGAUGAGACAAUCACAUGCAUCAUCAUUUUCAAGAGUUACCAUUAGGAGCAAGAACGAGAACAUUAGAGUGGCCAGCCAACAGAUCCUUGCUAAAGUGAGUGGUGGAUUGGAAUUACUCUACAAACACAUACAGGAUGGGGACAGAGAGAACUGCUCACUUGAAGAGAAAAAGUCCACAAAUGAGGAUGGACAUUUCAUUCCAGAGGUGAAUGAAUUAUUGGCUGAACGCUACCAAGUUGGCUCUCACAUCACAAGCAAUGGUCAGUCAGCUGUUCUGGUCAGGGCAAAGGAUCUCUACCACAGCCUGCUGCCUGUCGUGGUUAAAGUCAUCCACUGCACCUACUUUGCUGUUGGCCUCAAAGAAAUUCAAAUGUUAAGGAAAUUAAAGAAGGCCGACCCAAGUUGUGUAUCUCAUACAGUCCAGCUUCUGAAUUCUUUCCUCCACCAAGGCCACAUAUGUAUGGUGUUUCCCAGCUACGACAGCCGCUCAAUCGCUCAAAUCUUUUCACAAAAAUACAGCAACAACCAGCCAUUGCUGCCAGCUAUAAGAAGAGUCACAAGGCACCUACUAUCUGCACUGGCCUUUCUAAAAACACAAAACAUAAUCCACGCUGAUAUCAAACCAGAGAACAUUCUCUUACAAGGUGAGGACUUAGACACAGUGACAAUUCUAGACUUUGGAAACUCUCUGCAUCACACACACUGUGAGCUGUCCCUCUACUAUGACGACUUCGAGUUGCAGACAUUGUCAUACAGGGCUCCUGAGGUACUCCUUGGCAGCCAUUUUGGUGUUGAAAUAGACAUGUGGUCUCUUGGAUGUGUUUUAUUGGAACUCUACACUGGUCAUGUCAUGUUCACUGGAACCCACAGGGCAAGCUUGUUGAAACAGAUGAUGACACUUCUCGGACCACUUCCAAGAGAUAUGAUUUUUAGCGGCAAAUUUUCAUCCCAAGUGCCAAGUUUUUUUGCCUGUGUAAAACCUGGCCCCUUUGGUCUGAUGUCAUCUUUACCAAAUCUAAGGGACUACAGCUUUGCCAGCUUCCUCUCUGGGUUGCUGACAUACCAGCCAGAUGAAAGAUUGACUCCAUGGCAAGCAUUACAGCAUCCAUUUAUGGCUCAAGAGAUUUGCAUUGAGUUUUUUCUUGGAGAGACUCCUGGCCAUGGGUGUGUAAUGAGUUUUGACUACAAGCACAAGCAAGACACCAGGACAAUGUGCCCUUCUAGCACUAGGACAAUGUGCCCCUAUGUGCCCUCUAGCACCAGGAGAAUGUGCCCCUCUACAUUUGAUCUACUGCGCUGUGGCACAUCAGCAAUGCCGCACAUGUCUAAUGUGGCCUAUGUGGAGCCCCUCAACUCUGUGGCUAGGGAGGGACCAGUUUUGCUGGGUCAAGGGCAUCCAUCAAAUGCUGUAUGGCCGGGUGAUAGCCCAGCUCAUGGGCUGGUCAACGUGAUGCAGUCAACAUGCAUCCAGUCGGAGAAAAAAGAUACUCAAGUGAAAUACGAACAGGAAACAUUCCACCAACACGCCACAUCUGACCAAAUGGCCACAUCUGACCAAAUGGCCACAUCUGACCAAUUCCAUUACAAAACAAGUGUUGGCUCUUUCAAGAAACAUUCAUUUCAAGUUGAGUCAAGAGACAAGGGCAGAGAUGUCACCUUGACUCUACAAGACGAAGAUUUAACAACAGUUAGUCCAAAAAUAGCAGCCCCCCCUAGACUGGGGGUGUCCAGCUCUCCAAAGAUGGAGGUAAGCGACAGGCCCACUGUGGACACUGGUCAGACCAGCAGCUGCAAGCCAUGGUCCUUUACAUCUGAGCCACAAUCUUUUAAUGACUUGCUUGCAAUUAGGGACAAGAAAAAACAUUUGGACACCUCGUACUCUGCUGGUAGUGGAUCAUACAACACCUCGUACCCUGCUGGUAGUGGAUCGUACAACACCUCGUACCCUGCUGGUAGUGGAUCAUACAACACCUCGUACCCUGCUGGUAGUGGAUCAUACAACACCUCGUACCCUGCUGGUAGUGGAUCGUACAACACCUCGUACCCUGCUGGUAGUGGAUCAUACAACACCUCGUACCCCGUAGAAGAUCAAUUUGCGUUUGUGGUUUCCCUACCUCAGCAGAUUCAAGUUAAAAAAAAGCGUGCUUUUCCUCAUGAUACACUACUUGAAGCCAAAAAAAUGAAGAUCCCUCAGCAACACAAGAGGCAACCUUUUAGCCAACUAGAGCAGCUGGUGCCUGCCAAAUCUACACAGUUAGGAUUAAAUUCCCAGAAAACUGCUGUGUUCCCCCAAAGAGUAAAAAACUGGAGCGCCCAGAUGAAAAGUGCUGGAGGAUCAGCAAGGUCUCACACUGCAACUAAACUUACAAACAGCCACAAUGGCAUAGAGCAACCUUUAGACAACAGCAGUGGCAUAGAGCAACCUUUAGACAACAGCAGUGGCAAAGAGCAACCUUUAGACAACAGCAGUGGCAAAGAGCAACCCUUAGACAACAGCAGUGGCAAAGAGCAACCUUUAGACAACAGCAGUGGCAAAGAGCAACCUUUAGACAACAGCAGUGGCAAAGAGCAACCCUUAGACAACAGCAGUGGCAAAGAGCAACCUUUAGACAACAGCAGUGGCAAAGAGCAACCCUUAGACAACAGCAGUGGCAAAGAGCAACCCUUAGACAAUAGCAGUGGCAAAGAGCAACCCUUAGACAACAGCAGUGGCAAAGAGCAACCCUUAGACAACAGCAGUGGCAAAGAGCAACCUCUAGCCCACACAGUUGGGCAGAAACACACAAAUGAGCUGGAAAUUCUUUUGUUGCCGUAGAGAAACAGAAGCUUCAGAUCCAAGACUGCAAGUUAUUAGUCGACAUGGCCUAUUCCAACUACUUUGAAUUGUCCUCGACCCAGAUGUGAUUUACAAUGUAAUAAUGUCAGCUGAUUCAUGUCACAUGAUAAUUAGUGUUUGUUGUCAGUAAUUUUAUUACAAAAAUUGAAAAUAUUGUAAAAGUUGUAAUUGUAAAUAAAAAUAGCAACCCUAAGAGUAUUAGUGUGUAGAAUUUGCCAAACAUGAAGCCCUCAGCCAGGUAUAGAUUGAGCUUUGACCCCAGUGAAGGUUCACUUUACAAGGGAUUAAAAAAAAAAAAUAUUCAUCUAGAGGACUCAAAAAAUGAAAAUGUGCUUUUCAGACGUAGGUCAAACAGAUGUACUGACAUUUGUGUAAUAUUGCACAC